GGCCUUUUUCCUCCGUUUCUUAGACAACACGAAGCAACGUCUGCGUCUCUCUCAUCUCGAUCGCCCUAUUCCCAGUCUCCCGCACGUAAUCGGAUUUCUCCUGGAAGAUUGUUCCAGCUACGAGAGGUGCCAUGAAUCCCGAAUAUGACUAUUUGUUCAAGCUUUUGCUCAUAGGUGACUCUGGUGUCGGAAAAUCAUGCUUGCUUCUGAGAUUUGCUGAUGAUUCCUACCUGGAUAGCUACAUCAGUACCAUUGGUGUUGAUUUUAAAAUCCGCACCGUUGAACAGGAUGGGAAGACCAUCAAACUCCAGAUCUGGGAUACAGCAGGCCAAGAACGUUUCAGGACGAUCACUAGUAGCUACUAUCGUGGAGCUCAUGGGAUCAUCGUUGUCUAUGAUGUAACGGACCAGGAGAGCUUUAACAAUGUCAAACAAUGGCUAAAUGAAAUCGACCGCUAUGCAAGUGAGAAUGUCAAUAAACUACUGGUGGGGAACAAGUGCGAUCUGACUUCGCAGAAAGUUGUAUCUACUGAGACGGCUAAGGCAUUGGCGGAUGAACUGGGAAUACCGUUCUUGGAAACAAGUGCAAAGAAUGCGACCAACGUGGAAGAGGCUUUCAUGGCCAUGACUGCUGCCAUCAAGACCAGAAUGGCAAGCCAGCCAGGAGCAGGGGGAGCCAAGCCACAGACGGUGCAAAUAAGGGGACAGCCUGUGAACCAGCAAUCUGGUUGCUGCUCGUCUUGAAUGAUGAUGGUAUCCCCUUUCUCCCUUUGUUUGCCUUGCAUGUAAUGUAAGACCCAUUUAUCUUUCUUUUAAACUGUUGUAGAAGUCUGUAUCUUGUUUUUUGUUUCUUCCUGGCAUUUUGUAUUUACUUCCAAAUUCCUUCUACUACUCGUUACUUUUGUUGAAACAUAUGUAAUCGUCCAUUUUAGUACAAGAAGAGAUAUGGAUCAAAAGAUGAAA